AUGGCCCGGUAUGCCCCCCUCAGUAAUCAAGAGCAUACACACGCACUUGACAUCAACAACGAACCGUUGCCUGUAUGGAAGCUCGAAUCCAAGUCCGAGACGUGGCUAUCCGGCCGUGAUGGGUUUAAGCAACGCCUGGUAUCUGCGUUACCACGAUUCGCGCAGCCAGGAGGGAUCCAGCACAGAAAGCUAGGGCCAACGUCCUACCUGGACGCCCUGAGAGGAUGGGCGGCCGUUGGUGUGUUCUGGGCGCAUUCCUUCAAUGUCGGUGGAGACAACUGGAGACGACAACCAUUUCUCAAUGUCAUAUUCAACGGGUCUUCGAUGGUAGCCUUAUUCUUCGUUAUCUCAGGCUACGUCUUGGGAUACCGGCUGCUAAUUUUCAUGCGAAAGGGCGAAUCCGAAGCCCUGCUUACGUCCCUUGCAUCAUCUACGUUUCGAAGAUAUAUAAGGCUUUACGGUAGCGCAGCGUGUGCCUGUCUUAUAGCGAUGAUUUUGAUGCGACUGCGGAUAUACGAAGGCUGUUACCCGCCCGAUAGCAUUCGGAAAGAGACUCUUUGGCAGCAGCUUGUGGACUACACAUUCGACAUGAUUUACUUCACCAAUCCCUUCGGCCAUAUCAGAGGGUGGCCAUCAGACGAUAUCGCUACUUCGAGAUACCUCAGUCCAAUGUGGAGUAUCGCGGCAGAGUAUCGCGGAAGCGUGGCUCUUUUUGCCUUCUGCACCGGCGUAUGCAAAAUGUCGACCAAAACUCGGAUGAUUUCAACUUGGGUAGUCAUGGUUGUCUGCUAUAUUUGGCAAGCAGUCUACAUUGCCGAGUUUAUGGCCGGCCUUUUUAUUGCGGACUUGGCCCUCAGUCGCAGUCCUGAACGUCUGGACAGUCCAUGGGCAAUUCCUAAACAGCAUCAGCACAGCCAAAAACGAAGGUCCAAGGUCAAAUACAUCUGCAUCUUCCUCCUCGGCCUGUUUCUGUUGAGUCAGCCAGACUCGACCAACUUAUUUCCGUGGAACCACAUGGCAGGAGCAAUCCCAUACUGGUGGCACCCUGAUGGCAAAUACCUCUUCUGGUACGGGUUUGGAGCGUUCGCCCUCGUCUACGCAUUGGAAUUCUUUCCCGCACUCCAGAAACCGCUACAUUGGCGGCUAUCGCAAUAUUUGGGAGACAUCUCAUUCGGACUCUAUGCCAUGCACGGCCCUUUCCUCCUAGGACCCUAUAUGCAGGUCAUGAUACCACUCCGCGAGCAGUACCUGGGCAAUUCCGUCUUGAAAUACAUUCCAGGCUUCGUCGUUUACCCUUUGAUGGUAUUGAUCGCGGCGGACUAUUUUGAGCGUGUCGACAAGACGGUUGUUCGGCUGGCGAGAUCCCUGCAGAAUAUCAUGUUUUUAUAG